AUGAGGUACUAUAAAGACAUUGAUGGUGUUUAUAAUUAUCUUGAGAAAUCUGGAAGGAAGGUGUAUGAUGACCAAAUUGUAGAGCCUGUGAAGGACCCUUCUUAUGAGGCUAGUGCAUCUGGUACUGGAUUAUUAUUUGGUGAUGUGAAAACUUAUCUUGAUAAGUUGGUUAGGAAUAUUUUAAAGGUUAAUAAGGCCCAAACCCUCCAAGAACCAUCCAAGAAUCGGGUUAUCCUAGAGCUGAACGAAUGGAAGCAAAAAACCUCAUACGCGAACGCGGCCACGCAACCAGUCAAGGAGUGUUUCAAACGGAAUAUCAGACGCAAAGGGAGAUAUGGGACAGAUGAAAUUUCAUGGCGUCGGAGGAAGAACUCGCUUAAUGGCGCACACAAAUCAACAAGACCUCACCUCGACGUGCGGCGCGUUCUUCUACUUGCGGCUGAUCAAAAUGAAGAACGAACGGGAACUUGUUGGUUCGGUAAUGGAGGAUAUCGCGUUCGUGAUGUCUUGAUUGAGAUGACGAGCUUCUUGAAUUGUGAGUUCUUCCUUGCCGAGAUUUCGAUUCUCUCCCCAUGCGUCGCUGUGCCGUUGGAGAUGAAUGAUGAAGAUGAUGACGAAAUCGUUUCCUUUGGAAAGAAUGCAAACAGGAUUUUCAUUGCCGGCAUUGCCGUUUUGGCGUUGCAGCUUUAGCUUAUGGUGGCAGCAGUGUGGGAUUUCCGUCUGGAUUUUAUGCUGCACCUGGCCUCAUUUGGCUUAUAGUUUGGACGUUGUUGGCUUGUGUUGUUAGUCGGCCUUGUGGCUUCGUGCAUCCGCUGCAUGGUGUUGCUGUAGGAGCCAUUGAUAGAUCAAAAUGAAUUGUUAUGUUAUGGUGAUGUGGUGGUGUUAAAAAUUGGUGAAUGGAUAUUGAUUUAAAAAGGAUAAUUGGAUUUGGAUAAUAGAAUGUAGUUAAUGGAUUUAGAAAUGAGUCAAAUGGACAAAUGAAUUUAAGUGGAUAUUAGAAAUGACUAAUAGAAUAGAAAUUGUAUUAUGAAUGAUUAAAUGGAUUUUGAAUUGGAUAUGGAUGAAAUUGGAUUAUGAAUGGAUUAUUAAUCGGA